CGCCUCCACUCCUCCGCCCGGGUAAGGAACCGAAGCGGAAGACCCCGUCCAAACUUAUCUAACGGGUAGCCGACUUUAAAGAGCGAGAAAAAAACGUCCGACAGAAACAACCAACUAAUAGACCGCUGCCGUCAGUUAUGGAGCGCUCAAAACAAGGAAGUCUUCACGGUCCAAACGAAAAGAGAGACGCCGGCGAGAGCGCCGGGAAGGGAUACGGGACCGGGGGAGGGAGGACAAGGAGGCCUGGUGCACCGGCGGGAGACUCCUGCGGCUCCCCCGCGUCACCUGACGUGGAGACCUGGAGGGAGGAGCGCGCCCGGAGCGUGGAGGACAACCAGAUCAGCCUGCCGGGUCUCGCCGCCGCCUACACUACCAUCCUGCGGGGUCUCGGCGAGGACCCGCAGAGACAGGGGCUGCUCAAAACCCCUUGGAGGGCUGCCACCGCCAUGCAGUUCUUCACCAAGGGAUAUCAGGAGGAAAUCAUCGACAUCCUUAAUGACGCCAUCUUCGAUGAGGACCACGACGAGAUGGUUAUUGUUAAAGACAUCGACAUGUUCUCCAUGUGUGAGCAUCACCUUGUUCCCAUCUUCGGCAGGGUUCACAUCGGAUACCUCCCCAACAAGAGGGUACUGGGCCUCAGCAAACUGGCCAGGAUUGUUGAAGUCUACAGCCGUCGACUUCAAGUUCAAGAGCGGCUGACUAAACAAAUCGCCGUGGCAAUCACCGAAGCUUUGCAGCCCGCUGGGGUUGGCGUCGUUAUUGAGGCAACUCACAUGUGUAUGGUGAUGCGUGGGGUUCAGAAGAUGAACAGCAAGACUGUGACCAGCACCAUGCUCGGGGUUUUUCGUGAGGACCCCAAGACACGUGACGAGUUCCUCACCCUCAUCAGGAGCUGAAAAGGGGUCACAGGCCUUCCUGCUGACCUUCCAUCCCUCUCCCCAUCUCUCUCUCUCUCUCUUCCUCUCUCUCGCUCUCUCUUUCUCUCUCUCGCUGUCUUCCUCUGUCUGUCUCUCACUCUCUCUCUCUGUUUCUCACUCUCUGUAUCGCUCUGUCUUUCUCACGCUGUCUCUCUCUUACUCUGUCUCUCUCUGUCUCUUUGUCUUUCUCUCUCUGUCUGUCUCUGUCUCUCCCUGGCAGAUGGGGUGUUACCCCAUCUUUGCUGGCCAGCUGCCGUAUAACCUGUAUGUAUGUCGAUGUGCAUUUAUUUCUGUGUGUGUGUGAGUGUGUGUGUUUGAGUAUGUGUGUGCGUAUGUUUCUUGUUUUGUUUUCAUCUCUUAGUCACAGAGGUGUUUGUUAGCCUUUUUCUAUAACUGAUCACACACAGUGAUUGUAGGUCAAGACCACUUUUAGUCUGAGUCUAUGGUCUGCUUCAGAAGAGGGAUCUUUCAUCACCACAGUAACUGAUGUGAGCAGAGUUUGGCAAGGUCUGUGUUGACUCACAGGUUGUUUGCUUUUGUGGAUGGGACAGACUUUGUCCUGUGGACCCUGUGUCCUCUACUGUCCUGUUUGCACUUUAAUCAAACAGCAAUCCCAUUCAUUAAUAUGGAAAAUCCACACAUCUUAAUUAGUUUCAUAGCAGAACAACAGCAAAGCUCUGUAAAGAGGUGUAAAUGAGAUCAUAUCCAACCCAACCUGCCCAACCUGCUCUUUACAGAUAGGAGACAGAGACCACGUUCCCCCAUGUAAAAAUAUGAAUACGUGUGCUGUUUGUGAUGGGUAUUGGCAACCAAUCAUGUGUGCUUAAAAAACAUUAUCAUCCAGCCACUCAUAAAAAAACCAAGAAAAACACAAACCCUUGCUCAUUCUCUGCACUAUCUUGUCUUAAACCAUUGAGCUGUGAUGGUGGCCUGCAAGUAGCCGCGUGCUGUUUGCCUCUGGUGUUUUAAGUGAUGUGAGGUGAUGUACUGUGUCGAUCUGUUUCCAUGGGUAUUGUAAUUUUGACCGAGUCCUCCAUAUGUUUACUGGCUGCAGAGGCAGAUUACCACAUUGUCCUCAGCAUUUGCAUUUUAAAAAGUCAAGGUUGCAAGCAGCAGUCUUUAAAUGCUGUCAACCACUGGCUAGGCCUCCUCAGGCUGUGGGCAGAAGCAACAAGGAGGCACAUUAUUGUGCCGCAUCGAUUCAAUUCAUCACGUUGUUAGGGAGGCAAAAACCAUUUGAAAGUUGUGAUGCUUUUCGGAAACUGCAGCCUUUUAAUGCUUUCAACUAUAUUUUUUACGCCUGGUCACAGAAUAAACGAAGCAUUGCUACACGUUAAAGCUGUGGUCUCCAUCAGAAGGCUAAAUACAUAUACAUAUGUAUAUGCAGGUUUUCAUACUACCUAAUCCCUAUGCCAGCUGAUCUUACAAAUUACCUUCACCAGAGAUGGGUGAUUACUAGUUUUUGAUAUCUGCUGGUGUUGUAUUUAGUUGGAAUGACAACCUGAGUGGGUUCUUGGUUUGAUUCUAGCCCACCUGAGUGGUGUUUGUAUGUUCUCUCAAUGUUUGCGUGGGUUUCCUAUGGGUACUCCGGUUUCCUCUCACAGUCCAAAAACAACAUGUUAGGUGACCUGGAGACUCAAAAUUGUCCAUAGGUGUGAAUGGUGUGUGUGUGUGUGCGUGCCCUGUGACUGACUGGCAACCUGUCCAGGGUGUCUCCAUGCCUUUUGCCCAGUGCCUGCUGGGAUAGACUCCUGCCCCCUCCCCUGUCACCAUGAAUGGAUUACGUGAGAAGAGAUGGAUGGAUGGAUGGAUGGAUGGAUGGAUGGAUGGAUGGAUGGAUGG